AUGGAAGCAUAUCAGCCCCAAGCAAACAUUGAAAAUUCGUUAAAGCAAAAGCUGCAACUGUUCAUCUCCUGUAGAAAGCUCAAAGACCUCGAUAUUAUCUCUAAAUCAGACCCCUUCGUAGAGGUCUAUCUUAAGAACGAUGAGAGAUCAUCUUGGAUGCUCGUUGGGAAGACUGAGACUAUCCAAAAUAACCUCAAUCCAGAUUUCUCAACUCCAAUCAUUCUUGAUUACUUCUUUGAGAAGACCCAAGACAUUAGGUUUGAGGUUUAUGAUCAAGAUCCUACCAGAAAGGAAGAACAAGGAAUGAAUACCACUAAGGUAGCCAACCUUCUUGGUGCAAAGAACCAGACUUACUAUGCUCCACUUCUUCUGUCAAAUGGGUCAAAAUAAGAAUCGGGGAUCUAUAGUGGUGAAUACUGAUGCUGUAAAGGAUAGUAAUAAAUCAGUGGUGAUUAGCCUUGAAUGAUCCAAAUUAAAAUCAAAGAAAGAGUUCUUUGGUCUAGUUAGCACCAACCACCCAUUUCUAGAAAUCAAACGUUGAAGGACCCGAGAAGUUACUACUGAUGACAUCAAAAAUGCUAUCAAAGUGUACACAUCUCCAGUCUUGAAGCCCACUCUGAAUCCUGUCUUCAACUUGGGAGAGAUCUCGCUGGACAAACUGUGCAACAACGACAUUGACUUGCCGCUGCUGUUUCAGGUGUGGUCCUACCGGAAAUCAGGCAAACACCGCAUCUACGGAACUGUCCAGGGUUCGGUCAGGCAGAUGGUCGACCAAGUCGGAGUAGAGCACUCAAUCAUUAAGAAGCAAGGCAACCCUUAUGGUACAAUGACGUUCUCCAGGUUUGAUUACAUUGAAAAGCCAACAAUGGUUGAUUACCUGAGAAGUGGGUGGAAGAUCUCCUUAAGUGUGGCAAUUGAUUUUACAGCGUCUAAUGGAGAGCUCUCUGAAUCAUCUUCUCUUCAUUACAUUAAUCCAAAUAACCCAGCAAAAAUGACACCAUAUGAAGAAGCCAUCUAUAAUGUCGGAAACAUUUUAGAGCCAUAUGACUCUGAUCGUAUGUUUCCAGUCUUCGGUUUUGGAGCCAAGCCAAGAUUUUGCGGAAUACAACAAGUUUCUCAUUGUUUUCACCUUAACGGCCAAGAAAAUCCAGAAGUUGAAGGAGUCCAAGGUAUUCUCGAAGCAUACAGAAAUGCCAUGUAUGGUGGAAUUGGACUCUAUGGGCCUACCAAUUUCACUCCAUGCUUGCAAGCAAUGACCAACUUUAUUAAAGAGAGGCUUUCGAUGACUGAAUAUCAUAUAAUGCUUUACAUCACUGAUGGAGCAAUUACAGAUAUGAAGGAAACAAUUGCUGAAAUUGUAAAAGCAAGCCACUUGCCAAUGAGCAUUAUCAUUGUAGGAGUUGGGACAGCUAACUUCUCCAGAAUGGAAGACUUAGACUCUGAUGGACAGAUGCUUCGUGACGGUUAUGGAAAUUAUGCAUCAAGAGACAUAGUACAGUUUGUAGAAUUUAACAAUUAUUCCAGUGACAUUUCGUACUUACACGAAGAUGUGCUCCGUGAGGUUCCAGGCCAACUAGUCGGCUACAUGAUGAACAAUGGAAUUGCUCCAAACCCAUUAACACAUGAAGAGUAUUAAGAACUUUAUCUUUAAUU